CGUCUGGUCGUUCGGCCCUGAUGGAGGCAGCCAGGGCGGGAGCGGUAGACCUGGUCAGGGCCAUCCUCCAGAAAGGAGGAAACCCCAACGCUGUGGACAAGAAGAGGAUACACACUGCCCACCUCGCGGCAGAGGGGGGCUUCUUUGAGGUGAUAGUGGUGCUGUCUGCUUACUCUGCAGACUUGAGUGUGGCUACCUUGGACGGGAACACCCCCUUGCACUUGGCUGCAGCUGGAGGCUUCACUGAGUGCUGCAGGUUCCUGGCUCAGAGAGGCUGCAACGCCAAGCUGAAGAACACAGAGGGUUUCAUCCCCAGUCAGAUUGCCAAGAACAACAACCAGAAGCCAGCCAUGAAGGAGCUGAAGAAGGCAGAGCGUCUGGAGGUGAAGUUCUCCAAACCGGGCGCCGUCAAUCCCAAUGAGCUGUGGGCGCUCAGGCUGCACGACUGGUCCUGCGAGCACGAGGCGUCGCUUCGCACCGCCAUGGAGAUCGCUGAGGAGGCUGUGGGUCCCGUGGAGACGGUUACCCGGGAGACGUUUGUGGCGGUGCUGCAGGAUCACCGGGCGCCAGUGGAUGACGAGAACCUCCAGAAGGUGAUUCUGGAGCACGACAAGAAGCGCGAGGGACUAAUCAACGUGACUGAUUUCUUCAAAGGGGUGCGCUACCUCCAAAAAGCCUUUACUCUUCCCUCCUACGAGCCCAAGAAGAAGAAAGCCGGGAAAGGGGGGAAGGGGAAAAAGAAAGGUAAGUUCGUCCUCCCCAUGCCCAUUUGCAUUGUCCCUCCGGAGCUCAUCUUCCGGCGCGAGGACGGCGGGCCACCAAACUUCAUGGUGGAGAGCUACCAGCAGUUCACCGACACCAAGCGCUUCGACCGCGACCACCCGCCGGGCCACCCCAUCGAAGACGACUCAGCGUGGUACGUGGACGAGCCGGAGAAAAUCUAUAUCAACAUCAACUACUGUGUGAAGACGGGGGACCUGGAGUCUCUGAGCCUGGCCUUCAGUCAGGGGGUCCCUGUGGAUGUGAAGGACUGCUACUAUAAGACGCCCCUGAUGACCGCCUGCGGGAGCGGGAACUACGAGGUGGCCAAGUUCCUCAUCAGCCUGGGUGCUGACGUGACCGCGUGCGACCAGUUCAGUUGGACACCGCUGCACCACGCCUCCCAUGCAGGCCAGGUGGACAUCGUGGACCUCCUGGUGCAUUCUGGGUCAGUGGUGGACGCUGUGGCCAUGAAUGGAGCCACGCCCCUUAUGAGGGCCAUCGAGAGCUGCAGACCAUGCUGUGUGGACUACCUCAUCAAGGCCGGAGCCAGGGUGCAGGCAGAGAACAAGAAAGAGCAGAAUUGCCUGGACAUUGCCAGAGCAUAUGGAGACAUCAGGAUAACUGAUCUGGUCCAGGCUAAGUUUGACAGCCUCCCCAAGUCCAAGGAGGGGAAGGGGAAGGGAGGAGGCAAACCUGUGGCCAAGCUAGCCAGUCUCGCUGCUCCUAAGGUAAAUAACUACCUGUCUGACUCUGUGUCUGCGACCUCCUCUGACACGACGGUGAGGAAGGUUUCUCUGAAGGACAACAUCAUCUUCCUCAACACCCAGAUCACCAGCGGAGCCACCAACCGCCUCGACAUCAGCUUUGUGCCAAAAACAGUGUGGGGUAAGCAGCUGACCAGCAGCCAGCUGAUUGAGAGGAAGGAGGAGAGGAGAGACCGUCUGUCCUACGAGGUGGACUUUGAGGACUUCAUGAUGCCUUUCAACCAGAACAUCAGGCAGAAGGCCCAGGAACUGGGAGGCCUCGACAACUGACACAGACAGGGUGUCCCAAAUGGAACCCUUUUCCUAUUAUAUAGUGCACUACAUUUGACCAGUGCCCAUAGGGCACAAACAUAGUGUUUGUCAGCAUAGUGCAGUAAAUGGGGAAUAGGGUGCCAUUUCAGAUGCAUGCAGAAAGAAAC